GUUGCUUACAACAAGGAAUUAAGCGUAUUGAUGGUUGAUCACAGCCUCGAGGCCGUCCGGCGACUCUCCGUACACUCUAUCAAGUCUGUAGUCCACUGCUCAGCAACACAGCAGAUCGUCAUGAUCGUCUCGCAUGUGGGGCCAGAUCAUGUCGUGGCUGCCUUCGAUUAUGGACUGAAGGACGUGUGGCAGUGUCGAUCGGAGGCACUGCGAGCUAUCGCCAACGAGAAGCAAACCAAAGUGAUAUCGCAAGAGACGUUUGAUUAUCCCUGCAGCGACAAAGACAAGCAGUCGGCACGGCCAGAGUACAUUGUGACCGCCAUGUGCGCUGACGAAGCAAAUAAGAGCAUCUUAUUGGCUGUCAAGGGCGGUACACUACUUCGAAUUGCUUACGAGCGGAAGAAGCUCAACACCGAUACCGACGACUCAGACCCAACCCUAAGCCAGUUCAAGUGCGAUAUCUUCAUAUCGUGGGCUCUGGAUAUCCAGCCUGCGCGCACAACCGAGUUCAAGGACCUCGCAAGUAAAAAGAAGGCGAAUGCACAGCCUAUCAAUAUUACAUCGGUGUGCUGUUUUGUAAACUCCACCACAAAUGUGUCGGGCCUUCUGAUUGCCUGUGACGACGGUUCGGUUCGACAUCACUCCGUUAGCGUUACGGGGCUACCAGAGUAUGUCGGCAAGAGCCUGAAACGUUCUGAGCAGGAGGAAGGUAUCGGAAGCAUGAGAGGCGACGCUGCUUACCCGAUCAUCGUCAAUGCUGGGACCGACAUGCAGUUUAUAAUGAUAUUUUGCAACGGCAUGCUCUAUAUCUACGACAUUGCUGAAGUCGAGCCCAUGGUCGAGCUGGGUAUUCUCUUGGAUCGCAGCUCCAAGCUCUCAAGCGACGUCAAGACCCGGCGGCUGAGGCGAAUGAGCAUCCUCCACGAGAAAAAGGGUUGGAUCGUCCUGAUCGCUGGCAAGGGAUGGAGCAUCGUCAACAUCGAGGGUCUGUUUGGAUGGCGAAACAUCAUGAAGAUGGAGUACAAAUCGCCAAAAUCGCGAAAGGGCCAACGCUCCAGAGCAUCCGCCAAGCACAUAGGACAGCAGGAUAGCGUGGCAACCCAAGAGGGCACUGAAGGCGGCGAGACCGUCUCGGCCCUGGAUAGUGAGAGCGGCUCGAGCAGCGAGGAGGAUUCGGAGACUGGCGAUGACACUGCGUCUGUGAUUCCGGGAGACGGAGAGGAUGUGAGCAAAGAGUGAUAAGGUUAUAAAUUCUCGCUGCCCAGUGUUCAGCACCCAAGGAAUCGGUGCGCUUUAAUCCAGG